AUGGGUUCCAAGCCAAAUAUUUCAGAUGAGAUCACAUUCCCUGAUUAUCUCGAGCUGAAUGCCGCUCUCUUCGAGUGGGCUGACAGCUACGAUGCCAAAGAUUGGGAGCGUUUGAGCAAAUGUAUUGCUCCCACCAUUCGAGUGGAUUACCGUUCCUUUCUCGACAAGAUAUGGGAAGCCAUGCCCGCCUCCGAGUUCCUCGCCAUGAUCAGCGACACCUCCGUCUUAGGCAAUCCGCUGCUGUGCACGCAGCAUUUCAUCGGCGGCUCGCGCUGGGAGAAGGUCUCGGACACGGAGGUAAUCGGUCACCACCAGCUUCGCGUUCCGCACCAGGUCUACACGGACGCCUCACUUCAGGAGGUCAGGCUUAAGGGCCAUGCACACAGCUACAACAAGCACUGGUACAGAAAAGUGAAUGGCGUGUGGAAGUUUGCAGGUCUGGCGCCAGACAUCAGGUGGGGCGAGUAUGAGUUUGAUAAGAUCUUUCAGAGUGGUAGGGCAAAUUUUGGCAAGGGGAAGAAGGUGGACGAGAAGACCGCGACGAUGGAGCAAGUCAGGGAGGUGCAGGCUGCGGUCGCCAGUUGA